AAUGACAUGAGAGGACGUGGCAUAGACUGCUGUGAGAUGAGUUUCUAUAAUUUGAUUAGUUGGCAACCUAUACAUACAUAAAACAAGAUUUAAUGUUUUCCACAUGAACCCUAUGACAGCCUCCCUGGUUUCUAUCUCAACCUGAUCAACAACCCACUCGACUACGAGGGAUAGGACUAGAGGAGAGAACCUUGGUCGAGUCAGACACACUUUUCCGAAUUCACUGCCCAGUCCACCCACUCGAUCAACUUCCGGGAUGCCAUUCUUAACCGGACUACAGCCACAUAACCUGCAACAGAAGGCUCGAUUGGCCUAUCGUAACUUCAGAGAAUGGUUCGACGAACUCAGUAUCCUGGCCAAGAUAUUCACUUCUUGCUAUCUUGCGCUCAACUUCUUACUCUUCCUGGCACUCAUCAUCCUCACCCCCUCUUGGAUCUUUGCACGACUGGCUCGCUGGGCAAUCGAUCUAAGGGAACUCACUCUCGGUCCAUUCUAUUUGAUCUUCUUCCUCACCCUCGCUAGCUUCCCUCCAGUGAUCGGCUACGGCACUCUCACGACACUUUGCGGGUUCACUUAUGGCUGGUUUUGGGGUUGGAUUUUGGCAAGCGUAGGCUGUUUAUGCGGAAGUGCUACAAGUUUCCUAUUACUCCGGAAAAACCUCCCCCGUUUCCAGCAUUGGUUGUCGAAACAACCCAGGUUUGCAGCACUCAGACAAGCAGUCGCUGUCAAGGGAUUGCCAUUGAUCUGUUUGAUUCGACUAUGCCCCUUCCCAUUCACAUACAGCAACCUAUUUUUUGCAUCCCUGACGACUUCGUGUGGAUUGCAAGAUUUCAUGAUCGCCACCCUAGCGACAACGCCGAAGUUACUACUACACGUAUUCAUUGGAGCCAGAGUGUUCCAUCUAUCAGAUCCGAGUUCAACGCACCGAUUGGACAAUUUGACGAUCGCCCUGAACAUCUUUUACAUCGUGGCUGGAGCUUCUCUUGGCGCGGCAGUCUCAUACUAUCUCUACCAAGCGACGAUGGCACAGGCGGGUCAGAUCAGUCUAGCGUUGGAUGACGAGGCAAGAGUCGGAGGUGCCGAGGGCGAUCGACUAAGAACAUUGGAUGAAGAGGAAGAAGAGAUCAGGAGAGAACUGUUGGGCGGUGAGGCUGGCGAUUCGGAACGUCAGUGGGACGUCGAGUUUGAUGACUUCGAUCAAGAUGAUGAGGAUCCUCAAGCAACCGUGAAUACCGAUGGAAAAUCCUCAAAACUCCAGUCCGGAACUUGAACGCUUCCCCCCUUUUGCCGUACUCAAGAACCCUUUCAAAGCUCAUCUCAUCAAAAUAAAAAUUAUUAUCGUCUCUUCUUCUCCUUGUAUGCACCUCUCACUUCUCCAUGUCUUCUGCAUGUCUUCCAUUGAUGAUUCCUAUAAGGUUCCUGAAAUCAAGUUUCUCUCUAUGUUCAUUUUUUUUUCUUCUUUGUUUUUAGUAAACAAAACUGUUGUUUGAUGGAUAAAGAUUCACAAAUGUGACUAGUUGGAUUUUGUACUCCUCCUUUUAUUGUUUUUUUUUGCUGCUCAUAUAAUACGCAGAACCGAUAACAGAUUGCAACAUUAAAUUGAAGCAUGUUGGGAACACUGUGGGUAAUAUUAAAUAAAAAUACCACCCAUACCAUUA